AUGUCAACAAAUCUAACAAGUGAAGAAGAGGCUGGAAAGAGGAGGAAGGAAGGAGAGAUUUCAAUGAACGGUCUCAUGCCUGCUGCAGCAUUUUCAGAGAGCGUGAGCAGGAGCAGUGGUGCAGUUGCUGCUGCUGCAAUGCAAUGCUAUGCUGAGACUGUUGGGUGUGAUGUGUGGCAGAAAGAAAGAGAGAGAAAGAAGGAUAGAAAGAAACAAGGCUACAAGAACAAAGACUGUAGUAGUGGUAGUGCCUCACUUUGUGAGGUUAUGUGUGGGUUAAAGACCAAUAAAAUAUCGGAAGCUGAAUAA